AUGGCAGACAGCAAACAAACUCGUGUUAUAUUGUGGGCGGUUUACCGCUCUUGCUCGACGGCAACCCUACGAGCCAUAAGCGCCAUCGAAGGAGGAAAAUACUUCUACGAGCCCUACACCAAUGCUGCCUGGCAUGGCCCAGAAAGGGUGUUUCCGAAAGUUAACAGUAUCCUUGACAAGAUUACCAGUGACCUUCCUGGUUCGGACCUCGCCUACGAUACAUCAGCGAAUACAUUUUCAUGGGUUAAGCAGACUUUAGAAGAAGCACAUGAAGGGGCCAGACUAGUGUUCGUUAAGGAUCACGCAUACAGUCUGAAGAUAGCAGGGAAAAGUUGGGAUGUAAUCCCAUCUGGAUAUCAGCACACUUUCCUGAUUCGUAACCCCAAGAAAACAAUCCCAUCCUGGAGGAAACUCAACUUGGAGUUUAGACCAUCUUCUAGGACAAUGGUCGAAGACGAGAUGGAGGCGUGGCAGGAUCUCCAGAUGGGCAGUCUCGCAGGAGGGUUUCAAAGCUUGCUUGAACUCUACGAAUACGUCAAAGAAAACCUCGACCCCAACCCCUUUGUCAUGGAUGCUGAUGAUCUUCUGGCCCAUCCAGAAAUAAUGGUACCAGCGUACUGUCAGGCAACAGGGAUACCGUUCAGCAACAAGAUGGUGGAAUGGGGAGAAGAUAACGGAAAACCCGCCCAAGCCAAAUGGAUCAUGUGCACCCCUAAUCUGACAUCAUUUGAACUCCAUUGCAAAAAAGCUGUCACCACCGCUCGCUUCUCAAAAGAUGUAGAGUCGAAGAUCAAAUCGACUCAGAGUCCAAAAGAAGCUGCACUUAUUCAGCGCUGCAUGCCGUUUUAUGAAAAACUUUACCAGCAGCGCCAUUUUCCAGAGUGA